AUGAGCCAGAUACCAGCACAGGAGCUAAAUGAAACAAAGGUAACAAAAGCAGUUCCACAUCUGCUCCUGCUCAGCAAUACAAAGACUCCUUUUGUUUCAGCCAAAGCAGCUGCCAGGAGUCAAGAUUUGGUUCCUUGUAGAAUCUGUGGAAGACAGUUUGCACAAGAUGCUCUGAUGAGGCAUGAGCCCAUUUGCAAGAAAGUCUUCAACAAGAAGCGCAAGCCCUUCAAUUCUUUUAAGCAGAGGGUGAAGGGAACUGAUAUCGGAACUGUGAAGAGGCAGCCCCUGCUGAAGAAUUAGCCGGUGAAGAAAUCUAACUGGAGGCAGCACCAUGCAGAUUUUAUUAAUGCCAUUCAAUCAGCCAAACAAGUGACAAAAGCUAUGCAAGAAGGUCGUCCUCUUCCUCCUCCUCCCCCACCAAGCAUCAAUCCAGACUAUAUUCAGUGUCCAUUCUGCUUGAGAAGAUUCAACGAGGCUGCAGCAGCAAAGCACAUCAAAUUUUGUGAAGAACAAGCUACUCGCCGCGCCAUUGCCGCCAAGAUCACCAAACAGCCUCUGGGCAAACAACCAGUGACUCAGAGAAAAAAACCAACUGUCACACCUCUGUUACCGCAUGGGAAGAGAAUACAAAAGGUUGAUAAUGCAGAAAAAUCUACUCCAGAGACUUCUCAGGAAACACUGCAAAAAAGCAGAAAACCUUUGGGUGUGUCUCCUGUAAAAAAAUCUGCCGGACAAUUUGGACAGCAGACACAGACCAGAAGAUAGAGUGGCUGCCUGCCAGGGACACAUUAAGGUGUUUUGCAGAAGCACUAUGGGCCUUAACUGUGUGAUCCUCCAGCACCUCCUUCUACCCCAAGUGCUGCAGCUCAGUCUGUUUUGAUGCAGUGGUAAUAAUACAACGGGUACCAUCUCCAAUUAAAAAUAAUAAUGGAAGUUCUCUGUCUUCUUUAUUUUUCCCUUGGCCAUAAAGCUUUCAGGCUGUCCUUUUUAAAGCUGUGAGAUCAUCCGUUUGAGUUGCCAAAAUCUAAUUAAAUCAUCACCUGAAAGGUUGUGGUCCAUUCAAUCAGAAAGGACUUUUUCCUGUGAGGGUGAUGGAGCACAGGAUCAGGCUGUCCACAGAGACUGUGGAGUCGCCUCCUCUGGAGAUGUUCCAGACCCACCUGGAUGCUUUCCUGUGUAACAUGCUCUCAGGGACCUUAGCAGGGGGUGGGACUCGGUCAUCUCCAGAGGACCCUUUGAACACCUGUGGUUCUGUGAUGGUUUCAACAAAAU